AUGUCGUCUCUUACACUCAACACCCUUCCUAGGGAUCUGCUCCUCGAGAUAUCAGCAGUUCUAGACUGUCGCCACGACCUCCGAAGCCUUGCUAUCACCUCCAAAGCACUCUUCAUCAAUGUUGCCCCCGUAUUAUAUCAAACUGUCGUCCUUAAAUCGGUGGAGCAGACAACAGUAACCCUUGCCAUGCUCCAGCGGCACCUGGAUAUAGCUCACCACGUUCGCGAGCUCACAAUCAGUCCUUCGCGUUCAAACUUUACUGAUAGCAAGGCUGCUUCGGCUGCCGUGGCCUCAAUCGCUUUCUCCAAAUCUCUCGAGAGUCUGGCAAAGUUUAGCUGGUAUGAUGAUUACCUCCACGAAGAGAUGUGGCUGGCUCUUCGCAUGUGCUGCCCCCGUCUCCGAUACCUAAGCACGAGUGUUGGGGCCUUUUUCCCGCCCAAUAGCCAGCUUUUCAACUUUACCGACCUUCACGGCUUCUCCUUACAUCUCGGACCCGGCUUCUAUAACAGCGCGCAAGCACUAAUCCCGGAUGAAGGAUGGCCCCCCAGCAAGAAGCUAUGGGACAUGCUGUUCACCCGAUGUCCCAACCUCCAGGAACUUUCUAUCGAAGGCUACUCAGCGUUUCCCGCAGACGCGCACUGCAUUAUAGAGGGACGAUGGCCCCAUCUUCAGAGACUAACUCUUGGAGAUCUUUCUGUUGAUUGGUCACCCGCCAACUCGGAACAGAAAGGUCCAUUCGUCGCAUUUUUGGAAGCUCAUCCAGAGCUCCAAAGCUUGAGCCUUUCACGACACAAUGUGGACCCCGUACACCUGCACUCAAUCGACCAUGAUACCUUGAAGUUGACCUCCUUCUCUGGCACAUUACAUCAACUUCAGGGAUUGUCCCGCUCAUUCUCGACACUCAGGUCGCUGACAUUCCGCGAUCCAUUAUGGUCACGAGACCCCACGAUCCUUGCCAUUGCUACUGUUCUUACACAACUUACAGCACUUACUGAUCUGAGUAUCAUUUUCACUCUACACUCUCCCUACGACAGCAGUAGCAUUCUCCGCGCUCUCGUCGCCUCCUGCCCCCAAAUCCAGAACUUAACUUUGGCUUGUCUGCGGAAAACCUCUUUCCAACUCGACACACUCGCCAAAGCACUCAGUGCUUUUCGGCGUCUACAAACUUUAAAUGCGACGCUCGUCAGCUCGGGUGACCUUAGCCUUGCUGCUGCUGGCACCCGUUUUGCCAGAGCUAACCCGCGUCUUCGCGAGUUCUGCAUCGCAUUUGUACCACCAAGCUAUCCACAUGGAUUGCCUUACAGGCCCCUUUACCCAUUCCCACGAAUAAAAAGGGCGACGGCUCGGUUCGAAGUUAUUUGCGAUGACUAUGACCUCCCAAAAACUUUACGAGUCCGGGAAAGUUCGACGAAGAUAUGGCCAUGGAUGCUGCGAGUGGUUCGUUCUGUGCAGCGAUAUGACCUUGAGGUUCGUUGGCAAUCAGGUGGUGGGGGACGCAGACAAGACACCAAUGCUGGUCUGAUUGGAAUGUUGAUGGAAACCUCUCCUGCCGGCGAGGAGCUGAGGGUCUUUGCAUUUUGUUCGCUGUUAGUUUGCUUCGCAGGGAUGUUCUUGGCGAAGAGUUGA